UACAUGUGCUUACGUAAAUCACGCAAUAUACAUACGACAGCAUGUUACGUGCGAAAUGUAAUUGCCAUGAGCAGUCUAGAUAAUUUAGAAGUCUAUGACUACGUUUACACGUCACCGAUAAGAUUUAGUAACAUCUAGGUGUCGAUUGGUAGGCGUUCAUUGAUCGUGUGACGAUGUUACUUUAAACCCGAUUAGUGAUGACGUGUAAACGUGGUUGUAAUCAUGAAGACAGCUAUAGACUUUCAGAGCCAUUUCGACCAAACUUGGAUUCAUUCAGUACUAGCUGUUUUACUCAGCUAACGAGAAUAUUGCCAACGUGACAAAGAAAAAUAUUUUUUCUAUGGAGGAUCAAGAAGAAAAAAUCAAGGUAUGCGUGAUCGGUGCUGGCGCGGCUGGUUUGUGCGCAGUCCGACAUUUGGCGGGAAAUACGAUAUUCGAAGUAACUGCUUACGAACAAACGAACGAUAUAGGAGGUACGUGGGUUUAUAACGAACAAGUUGGCCUCGACGAGAAUGGUUUACCGAUACAUUCCAGCAUGUAUCAGAAUCUAAGAACCAAUUUACCCGCAAAAAUUAUGAAUUUUCCGGAUUACAUUACAAUGGAAGGGCGACAACCCAGUUGCGUGAGCCAUCAAGAAGUUUUAAAUUAUCUGAAAGAUUACGCUCAACAUUUUGAUGCGCAACAACAUAUUCGUUUCAAUACAAAAGUCGAGGAUGUUCGAUUUAUAUCAUCCGAUUCUCGCAAUCGAGAUAAAUGGUCUGUGCAAGUGAAAAAAUUAAAAACAAACGAGACGGAAUUACGUUAUUUUGACGCGAUUAUGGUUUGUAACGGACAUUAUUUCGAUCCUUAUAUACCGACUAUAACUGGUAUCAAAAGUUUUCCGGGUCUAAUACUGCACAGCCAUGCAUACAGAAAACCAGACGAUUAUUCCGGCAAAAAAGUUUUAGUGCUGGGUGCAGGUUCAUCUGGUAUCGAUAUAGGUAUUGAUUUAUCUAAUAAAGCGGCCUGCGUGUAUUUAAGUCACAAUAAUGAUAGAUUAACAAGUACUUUACCAUUAAAUAUGAUACAAGUUGCGGGCGUUGAGAGCAUACACGAGACCACAUUUCAUUUGAAGGAUGGAACUACUGUCAAUGCUAUUGACGUUUUUCUUUUGUGUACUGGUUACAAGUACAAUUUUCCCUUCUUAGACAAGAACUGCGGUAUACAAGUAGACAGCAAUUAUGUAACUCCGCUUUACAAGCAUUUCAUCAAUAUCGAGCAUCCUUCAAUGUGUAUCGUCGGUAUACCUACAGUUGUCUUGCCGUUCCCCAUGUUUCAGAUGCAGGUGCAAUUUUUCCUAGCUGUGCUUCAAAACCGAGCGACUUUGCCUACGAAACUUGUAAUGCUAGAGAAUGCCACCUUGAAAGCCCCAAAGAAGAGACAUGCGCAUAAGCUAAUGAAUCACCAAUGGGAUUACAACAAUUCAUUGGCAAUUGCUGGCGGAUUUGAUCGACUACCAGCAUUUUAUCAACUCGGCUACAAAGCAUGGUCAGUUCAAAGAUCCAUGAAUCUUUUACGUUACAAGGAUUCCAAAUUUGUUGUUUCUGAAGAUGGACAAAGCGUUGAAUUAGUUAUAUAAUUAUAUACCAGAAUAAGAUUUCAUAAAGUUUUACAAUGUUAAAUAUCUUUUAAGUAUUCUGAUAACGCAGUAUUUUAAUUGUGGACCAAUAAAGAUUAUCUUUUAAGCAUUCUGACAACACAGCAUUUCAAUUGUGGACUAAUAGAAAUUAAUAAAUUUGAUAUGAGCGCAGACUGAUAUAAUUACCAUGUGUAUUUAUGAUAUACUUUAACAAAAUUUGUUUCGAUACAUACGAUAAUAAAUUUGUUAACGAUA